CUGUUCAUGCCGGUGAAAUCGCCACAGACGAGCUUUCCUCCACAUAUUUUCAAGAAAAAUGGUAUUAGAUAUUGAAAUUUUUCGCGCCGACAAGGGCGGAUAUCCAGACAAGAUCAGGGAAAAUCAGGCCAAAAGAUUUAAAGAUGUGACUUUAGUUGAUAAAGUUGUUGAGGCAGACACAGAAUGGAGACAACUACGGUACCAAGCAGAUAACUGGAAUAAAUUGAAGAACCUAUGCAGUAAAGUAAUAGGAGAGAAGAUGAAGAAAAAAGAAGCUGUUGGAGAUGAUGAGACAGUGCCUCAGGCAAUCCUAGACGGUUUGGAGAAUAUGACUGCAGAGCAGCUCAAGGAACUGACAGUGACCCAGAUCAAGCGCAUUCGAGCAGUUCUUGAUGAGAAGAUGGCUCAAUGUGACCAGAGACGCGUCACUGUGGAACAGACGAGGGAUGAGUCGCUGAAGGAAAUAGGAAACAUGUGCCAUGAAUCGUGCAUUGUUAGCAAUGAUGAGGAGGAGAAUGGUAUUGAAAGGACGUGGGGAGACGUGGAGACAAAGAAAAAAUACUCCCAUGUGGAUCUCAUUGUUAUGAUAGAUGGUUAUGAAGGAGAGAAGGGAGCAGUUGUUUCUGGAGGGAGGGGUUAUUUUAUUAAGGGCCCAGUAGUCUUCCUAGAGCAGGCCCUGAUCCAGCUUGCAUUGAGAAUGCUCCAGGAAAAAGGGUUCACAGCACUGUACACACCGUUCUUCAUGAGGAAGGAGGUGAUGCAGGAGGUGGCACAGCUUAGCCAGUUUGAUGAGGAGCUGUACAAGGUUAUAGGUAAGGGAGCAACAGAAAAAGAGGACUACGAAGAAAAGUAUCUAAUAGCAACCUCAGAGCAGCCCAUUGCAGCAUUCCACAGGGACGAGUGGAUCCCCACGACUUCCCUGCCAAUACGCUACGCUGGAAUCUCCACGUGCUUCAGACAAGAGGCGGGCUCUCACGGCCGCGACACCAGGGGGAUCUUCAGGGUACAUCAGUUUGAAAAGAUUGAACAGUUUUGUAUCACCUCUCCCCAUGAUGGGUUAUCAUGGCAGAUGUUUGAUGAGAUGAUAGGCAAUGCAGAGGCCUAUACUCAAGCUCUGGGCAUUCCAUACAGAGUGGUCAACAUUGUCACAGGAGAGCUGAACAAUGCUGCCUCCAAGAAGCUGGACCUGGAGGCCUGGUUUCCUGGCUCUGCUAAGUUCAGAGAACUGGUGUCCUGUUCUAACUGCACUGACUAUCAGGCGCGGCGGCUGCGUGUGCGCUACGGAGAGACCAAGAAAAUGGGAACAGGGACAGAGUACGUGCACAUGUUGAACGCCACCAUGUGUGCCACGACCAGAGUGAUCUGCGCCAUCUUGGAGAACUACCAGACCGAGGACGGGAUCAUUGUUCCCGAGGUUCUGAAGCCAUACAUGCCAGAAGCGUACAAGGAGAAGCUCCCGUUUGUGAAGCCAGCCCCUAUCGAGGAACAAGAAACCAAGAAACAGAAGAAGCAGAAAGACAGUCAGAAAAAGGCGACAGAAAAAGUGGCAAAAGACGUCAAAGACAUGAAGCUGGAUAAUUAAUGGAGACAGCUACUGCUUGCCGCAACUUGCGAAUGA